GAAAGUUCGAAAGCAAUUCUGAAGUUGUACAUCUCCGCCGGCGCAUCGCUUCACCCGCGCCCGUUUGCGCCCACACACACCAUGGACGAUCUCGAGCAGCUCGAGCUCCUGUCCCUUGUGUCCAAGGUGACGUCGGAAAUCGACAACCACAUGGGCGUGUCGGACAAGACGAUUGCAGAAUUCGUCAUUGCUGAGCACGCCAACUGCUCAUCUCCAAAUGACUUCGCCACGAAGCUGGAAGACUACGAUUUCCCCAAGAGCCUGGCAGAGAGCAUCGAUCGCCUGAUACGCACGCUCCAUCCCAAGUACAAGAGUGGGAAGAAAGCAGAGACGAGGGAGGCGAGUGGAGAGAAGGACAGCGAGGGCAAAAGAGACAGGUUCAAAGGCCUGGCCCUGCCGGACAAGGAACCUCCCAAGGUUGCAGAUGAAGGCGAGAAUGCGCUGGACGAUACGUUUGCGCUGCUCGAGUCCAUGGCCGGUCCUCCGAAAGCAAAUGCGACUCGGAAACGAAGCAUCAGUCCCGUUGCUAAGGCCCCUCUGGAGCAUCGUAGCAAGCGCAGCAGACGAUCUCCGUCCAGGUCUUUGUCGCGCAGCCCACGGCGUAAGGAAAAGCACGACGACUUUCUCUUCGAGGAUGAGUUCGGACGAACGAGACCUUAUCCUUCCAACCAUAAGGAACGUGGACACAAAGAGCGCGGACGAAGUAGACGGAACGAUGACUAUGACCGCCCACCGCAGCCGCAAAUGGACGACGCUCCAGUGCUCUACAAAGUCUACGACGGGCGAGUGACGGGGGUCAAGGACUUUGGUGUAUUCGUGAAUCUGGCAAAUGUCAAGGGCAAGGUCGACGGCUUGGUCCAUGUUUCGGCGAUGGCGGAGUACAAAGUCAACCACCCUUCCGAUUUGGUGGCGAGGGAUCAGAAAGUGAAGGUCAAGGUCAUGAAGGUGCAGGACCAGAGGGUCUCGUUAAGCAUGGCCGAAGUGGACCAGGCGACCGGACAGGACCUCAACCCUGGGCGAAGACUGCAGAGUGCUACGGGCGCCAACGCUGUUGGCCUGAAUGGUAGCACGCCGAGCAAGUACGGGCAGCUGGAUUCCGCCGUUCCCGUCAUCGAAGGCAAUGGUGUCGGCAGGAGACCGAAGAAGCGCAUGACCAGUCCAGAGCGGUGGGAGAUUAGGCAGCUCAUAGCCUCAGGCGUGAUUAAAGCAUCGGACUAUCCUGAUCUGGACGAGGACUACAACGCGGCAGUGAACGGAGAGGAGAUUGAAGAGGAGGAGGACAUCGACAUUGAGGUCAAAGAAGACGAGCCGCCAUUCUUGGCUGGACAGACGAAGCAGUCUUUGGAGCUGAGUCCGAUCCGUGUAAUCAAAGCACCCGACGGAAGUAUGAAUCGUGCUGCAAUGCAGGGCGACGUGCUCGCGAAGGAGAGACGCGACCUCCGCCAACAAGAGUCGCAAGACAAAGCAGCGCAGGAAGCCGCAAAGACUGAUCUGGGCCAGGAAUGGAACGACCCGAUGAUUGCACCUGGCGAACGGCGGUUUGCGUCAGACCUAAAACCAUCCAAGCAAAACGGCGCAGGAUCAGACAUGCCGGAGUGGAAGAAAAUCGCAACCGGCAAAGGCGACAUGGGCAAGAGAACGAGCAUGUCAAUCAAAGAUCAGCGUGAAUCCCUACCCGCGUUCAAAAUGCGACGACAAUUUCUCGAUGCGGUGCGGCAGUAUCAACUCCUCAUCGUGGUCGGAGACACUGGGAGCGGGAAGACCACACAGCUUACACAAUAUCUUGCGGAAGACGGCUUCGCAAACGAGGGCAUGAUUGGAUGUACCCAGCCCCGACGCGUUGCAGCCAUGUCCGUCGCGGCCAGAGUCAGCGACGAGGUCGGGUGCCGACUCGGUGAAGAGGUUGGCUACACCAUCCGAUUCGAAGACAAGACGAGCGACAAAACGAGGAUCAAAUACAUGACCGACGGAAUCAUGCAACGAGAAAUUCUACUGGAUCCGGAGCUCAGUCGAUACAGCGUGAUUAUGCUGGACGAGGCGCACGAGAGAACAAUUGCGACAGACGUGUUGUUUGGAUUGCUGAAGAAGACGCUGAAAAGGCGACCGGACAUGAAACUCAUCGUGACAUCCGCAACUCUCGAUGCGGAGAAGUUCAGCACGUAUUUCAACGAAUGCCCCAUCCUCAGCAUUCCCGGACGCACCUUUCCGGUCGAGAUCAUGUACUCACGCGAGCCCGAAUCGGAUUACUUGGACGCGGCGUUGACAACAGUCAUGCAAAUCCACCUGACAGAACCGCCGGGCGAUAUCUUGUUGUUCUUGACGGGUAAGGAAGAAAUUGACACGUCUUGCGAGAUUCUCUACGAACGCAUGAAGGGUUUGGGGCCAAGCGUGCCCGAGCUGGUCAUUCUGCCCAUCUACGGAGCGUUACCAUCAGAGAUUGCGUCGAGGAUCUUUGAGCCGGCUGCAGCUGGGUCAAGGAAGGUUGUCAUUGCAACCAACAUCGCCGAGACAUCAAUCACCAUCGACGGGAUUUAUUUCGUUAUUGAUCCCGGCUUUGUCAAACAGACUGCGUACGACGCAAAGUUGGGUAUGGACCGCCUGCAAGUUACUCCGAUUUCCCAGGCCCAGGCGAAGCAAAGAGCCGGAAGAGCUGGACGGACGGGGCCAGGAAAGUGCUUCAGGUUGUACACCGAAUCGGCAUUCCAGUCAGAAAUGUUGCCCACGACGAUUCCAGAAAUCCAGAGACAGAAUUUGUCGAACACAAUCCUUAUGCUGAAGGCCAUGGGGAUCAAUGAUUUACUGGGGUUCGAUUUCAUGGACCCGCCGCCGACAAACACUAUGCUUACGGCUCUGGAAGAGUUGUACGCGUUGUCAGCGCUGGACGACGAAGGCCUUUUGACAAGGCUGGGACGCCGCAUGGCAGACUUCCCCAUGGACCCCGGACUUGGCAAGGCAUUGAUAAUGUCUGCCGAACUUGGAUGCUCAGACGAGAUGCUCAGCAUUGUUGCGAUGAUCAGUGCCGUUCAGACGGUAUUCCACCGACCUAAGGACAAGCAGCAACAAGCCGACCAGAAGCGUGCGAGGUUCAAUGAUCCCGGUGGUGACCACUUGACACUUCUAAACGUAUACAACGGAUGGCGUGGUGCUGGACACAGUGACGCGUGGUGUUUCGAGAACUUCAUUCAACCACGAAACAUACGGCGAGCGGAGGAUGUUCGAAAGCAACUGGUCCAGAUCUUGGAGCGGCAUAAACUGCGCGUUGUGUCGUGCGGUCGUGACACACUCCGCGUGAGACAAGCGCUUUGCUCAGGCUUCUUCCGAAACAGCGCCCGCAAAGAUCCCCAAGAGGGAUAUAAGACGCUCGUGGAAGGCACACCAGUGUACAUGCAUCCAGCCAGUGCAUUAUUCGGCAAGGCGGCAGAGCAUGUCAUCUACCAUUCUUUGGUGGAGACGACGCGCGAGUACAUGCACAAUGUCACUGCGAUUGAGCCCAAAUGGCUUGUCGAGGCCGCGCCGACGUUCUUCAAAGUAGCUGGCAAGGACGGCACGCUCAGCAAGCGGAAGAAAGCAGAACGCAUCCAGCCAUUGCAUAACCGAUUUGCGGGCGAGGAUGAUUGGAGACUGAGCGCGCAAAGACGACAAGGUAGAGGUGGUGGAGGAACGUGGGGUUAGACAGAGAAGUAUUGAAUGAGAUGGACUCAAAACGUCAAUGUGUGUCGCUUCGUGCAAUGAGAGCCUCUAAAUCAAGCGGAGCUUGUCUAGUCAAUCUGUAUCUUAUUGUGCAAUCACGAGGAAGCGCGGAUUGGGAAGCGAAGACACUAGAUGUCAGCUUUCGUCCAAUCGCAACGUUCUGGUUGGUUGGUCAAGAAGUCCCACGACUAUUUGGUAGCAGGUCAAAAGUCGAGUGCCAGCCGUCACUCGGCGGCGCC